CGACGGGCAGAGCCGCAGUCACGGUGAGAGACGCCAGAACUAUUAUAAGGACAGAGAAGACUAUAGGUCAGAGAAGAGUUACAGCCAGCACCAGGGAAGAGAAGAUCAUCAUAAGGAGAGAAGUCAAAACCGAUACGAUGAACGGGAAAGACAGCAGUAUGCACGUAGUCCAGACCGACGAGACUAUCCCGCACACAGCAAAAUUCCAGAACAUUACAACCCAUCAGAGAGAUCAUUUCCUCCCGAUGGAGCCCAGAUGCAUGACCUGGAAUAUUAUGAGGAGACGGAAGGAGGAAUCCUGGACUGCCACAAGUGCAAAUACCUGUGUACAGGACGAGCUUGUUGUCAGCUUGUGGAGGUUCUACUGAACAUGCUCAUCCUGAUCUGCUGCUCCAUAUCCUACAACAGUACGGGGGGAUACACAGGGAUAACUAACUUGGGAGGAAUCUACUACUACCAGUUCGGGGGGGCUUUCGAUGGCUUUAGCGGUGUGGACGGAGUGACGGCCCAGAAGCUGGAUGUUGAGUUUUACAACUUGAAGCUGCCUACCGUCACCGCUUCAAUGGCAUUUGGGGGAGCCCUUAUGGCUUUCUGCUGCCUACUUAUCCUGCUUGGGGUGCUGCGGGUUCCAUGGCGAUGGCCGGUAUGGCUCUUGGUAGAAUUUGUGUUGGAUAUUGCCAUUGCAUUUGGCUACAUCCCUGCUCUUUAUUUCUACUUAAUAAAGCUACAGGAAGCUUAUAAUUCCCAAGUGUGCAAGGACCGUGAGACUCUCUAUAGCAGUAAAGGCUACCAAGGCUUUACCUGUGCUUUGCAUGGUGCUGAUAUCGCUUCCGUCCUCUUCGCUUGCAUGGCCAUCAUUGCCUUCUUCAUGAGUGCCGUGCUCGCCAUUAAGGGCUUCCGGACUGUGCGCCGCAUGAAAAAGAAGCCAGUCAGCACGCUUGAGUUUUAACCUAAAUAAUCUGCAUACUGUAAAUUAUGGCUGGACAAAUCUACAUAGAACUUAGGAGCCAGCUGGGCCAACCUAUGAAUAAUUGGUCAUAAAUCACACCUGUAACUUAUAGCGGUAUAUAUCAUGGCAGCUCUUG